GGCCGGAGGCGGCGGCGUAGGCCCGGGCGGGGCGUUUGGUUUCGUUUCUGCACCUACUGGAAUUAGUGUCGACGGUCAAAAUGGGAGUCCCCAAGUUUUACCGAUGGAUCUCGGAGCGGUAUCCCUGCCUCAGCGAAGUGGUGAAGGAGCAUCAGAUUCCAGAAUUUGAUAACUUGUAUCUGGAUAUGAAUGGAAUUAUUCAUCAGUGUUCCCAUCCUAAUGAUGAUGAUGUUCACUUCAGAAUUUCAGAUGACAAAAUCUUUACUGACAUUUUUCACUACUUGGAGGUGUUAUUUCGAAUUAUUAAACCUAGGAAAGUGUUCUUUAUGGCUGUUGAUGGUGUGGCUCCUCGAGCAAAAAUGAACCAGCAACGUGGAAGACGUUUUAGGUCAGCCAAGGAGGCAGAAGACAAAAUUAAAAAAGCAAUUGAAAAGGGAGAAACGCUUCCUACAGAAGCCAGAUUUGAUUCUAACUGUAUCACGCCAGGGACUGAAUUCAUGGCCAGGUUGCAUGAGCAUCUGAAGUAUUUUGUAAAUAUGAAAAUUUCCACUGACAAAUCAUGGCAAGGUGUUACCAUCUACUUCUCAGGCCAUGAGACUCCUGGAGAAGGAGAGCAUAAAAUCAUGGAAUUUAUCAGAUCCGAGAAAGCAAAGCCAGAUCAUGAUCCAAACACCAGACAUUGUCUUUAUGGCUUAGAUGCUGACUUGAUCAUGCUUGGAUUAACAAGUCAUGAGGCACAUUUUUCUCUCUUAAGAGAAGAAGUUCGGUUUGGUGGGAAAAAAACACAAAGGGUAUGUGCACCAGAAGAAACGACAUUUCACCUCCUACACUUGUCUUUAAUGAGAGAGUAUAUUGAUUAUGAAUUUUCAGCAUUAAAAGAAAAGAUCACAUUUAAGUAUGAUAUUGAAAAAAUCAUAGAUGAUUGGAUUUUGAUGGGAUUUCUUGUUGGCAAUGAUUUUAUCCCUCAUCUACCUCAUUUACAUAUUAAUCAUGAUGCAUUGCCUCUUCUUUAUGGAACGUACAUUGCCAUCCUGCCAGAGCUUGGAGGUUACAUUAAUGAAAGUGGACAUCUCAACUUACCUCGAUUUGAGAAAUACCUUGUGAAACUAUCAGAUUUUGAUCGAGAGCACUUUAGUGAAGUUUUUGUGGACCUCAAGUGGUUUGAAAGCAAAGUUGGUAACAAGUAUCUCAACGAAGCAGCAGGUGCGGCCGCCGAAGAAGCCAGGAACUGUAAGGAAAAGAGAAAAUCAAAGGGCCAGGAAAAUUCUUUAAGUUUGGCCGCUUUAGACAAAAGUGAAGGUGAAGUAGUGGCUUCUGAAGAUAAUUUUGAAGAUGAGACUGAAGAUGAUGAUCUGUUUGAAACUGAAUUUAGACAAUAUAAGAGAACAUACUAUAUGACAAAGAUGGGAGUCGAUGUAGUAUCUGACGAGUUUCUGGCUGAUCAAGCUGCUUGUUAUGUUCAAGCUAUACAGUGGAUCUUACACUAUUACUAUCAUGGAGUCCAGUCCUGGAGCUGGUAUUAUCCCUAUCAUUAUGCACCCUUCCUGUCUGAUAUCCGCAACAUCAGUUCUCUUAAAAUCCAUUUUGAACUGGGGAAACCCUUCAAACCAUUCGAGCAGCUUCUUGCCGUCCUCCCAUCAGCUAGCAAAAAUUUGCUUCCUACCUGCUACCAGCAUUUGAUGACCAGCGAAGACUCACCAAUUAUAGAAUAUUACCCACCAGAUUUUAAAACUGAUCUAAAUGGGAAACAACAGGAAUGGGAAGCUGUGGUAUUAAUACCCUUUAUUGAUGAGAAACGAUUGUUGGAAGCCAUGGAGACGUGUAAUCACUCCCUCAAAAAGGAAGAGAGGAAAAGAAACCAACACAGUGAAUGUCUAAUGUGCUGGUAUGAUAGAGACACAGAGUUCACCUACUCCUCUCCAUGGCCAGAAAAGUUCCCUGCCAUAGAACGGUGUUGUGCAAGGUAUAAAAUAAUAUCAUUAGAUGCUUGGCGUGUAGACAUAAACAAGAACAGAAUAACCAGGGUUGACCAGAAGGCUUUAUAUUUCUGUGGAUUCCCUACUUUGAAACACAUCAAACAUAAAUUUUUUUUGAAGAAAAGUGGUGUUCAAGUAUUCCAGCAGAGUAGUCGUGGUGAGAACAUGAUGUUGGAAAUCUCAGUGGAUGCAGAUUCAGAUGAACUUAGUAUAGAAAACAUCGCCUCAUCGGUGCUUGGAAAGUCGGUCUUUGUUAACUGGCCCCAUCUGGAGGAAGCUAGAGUCGUGGCAGUAUCAGAUGGUGAAACUAAGUUUUACUUGGAAGAACCUCCAGGAACACAGAAGGUUUAUUUGGGAAAAACUGCUCCACCAUCUAAAGUCUUUGAACUUUCAGAUAAAGAACAGUCAAACUGGACUAAAGAAAUACAAGGAAUUUCAGAACAGUACCUAAGAAGAAAGGGAAUAGUAAUAAAUGAAACAUCUGCCGUUGUGUAUGCUCAGUUGCUCACAGGUCGUAAAUAUCAAAUCAGUCAGAAUGGUGAAGUUCAUCUGGAAAAACAAUGGUCAAAACAAAUUCUUCCUUUUGUUUAUCAAACUAUUGUUAAGGACAUCCGAGCUUUUGACUCUCGUUUCUCCAGUAUCAAAACAUUGGAUGAUUUGUUUCCUCCAAGAAGUAUGGUCUUUAUGCUGGGAACUCCUUAUUAUGGCUGCACUGGAGAAGUUCAGGAAUCAGGUGACGUGAUUACAGAAGGUAGGAUUCGUGUGGUUUUCAGCAUUCCAUGUGAACCAAACCUUGAUGCUUUAAUACAGAACCAGCAUAAAUACUCUAUAAAGUACAACCCAGGAUAUGUGUUGGCCGGUCGCCUUGGAGUGAGUGGAUACCUUGUUUCAAGGUUUACAGGAAGUAUUUUUAUUGGAAGAGGAUCUAGGAGAAACCCUCAUGGAGACCAUAAAGCAAAUGUGGGUUUAAAUCUCAAAUUCAACAAGAAAAAUGAGGAAGUCCCUGGCUAUACAAAGAAAGUUGGGAGUGAGUGGAUGUACUCCUCGGCAGCGGAGCAGCUUCUGGCAGAGUACAUGGAAAGAGCACCAGAACUGUUUAGUUAUAUAGCCAAAAACAGCCAAGAGGAUGUGUUCUAUGAGGAUGACAUCUGGCCUGGGGAAAAUGAGAAUGGCGCUGAGAAGGUUCAAGAAAUUAUUACCUGGCUAAAAGGACAUCCUGUCAGCACUCUGUCCCGCUCUUCUUGUGAUUUACACAUUCUGGAUGCAGCCAUUGUUGAAAAAAUUGAGGAAGAAGUUGAGAAGUACAAGCAAAGAAAGAGUAAUAAGAAAGUACGAGUGACAGUGAAGCCCCACCUGCUGUACAGACCCUUAGAGCAGCAGCAUGGAGUCAUCCCUGAUCGGGAUGCAGAGUUCCGUCUGUUUGAUCGUGUUGUAAACGUGAGAGAGAGCUUCUCAGUGCCAGUCGGCCUCCGGGGCACCAUCAUUGGAAUUAAAGGGGCUAGCAGAGAAGCUGACGUGCUGUUUGAAGUAUUAUUUGAUGAAGAAUUUCCUGGAGGCUUAACAAUAAGGUGCUCACCUGGUAGGGGUUACCGACUGCCAACAAGUGCCUUGGUGAACCUUUCUCAUGGGAGCCGAUCCGAAACUGGAAAUCAGAAGUUGACAGCCAUUGUGAAGCCACAGCCUGCUGUGAAUUACUGCAACUCAAACUCAUCGGCUGCAUCUGGGCACUUGGGAGGCCUCAACCAUUCUCCUCAGUCACUUUUUGUCCCUACUCAAGUACCUGCAAAAAGUGAUGAUGAAUUUUGCAACAUUUGGCAGUCUCUACAAGGAUCUGGAAAAAUCCAACCUUUGCAGCCGACGGUACAAGAGAAGGGUGCUGUUCUACCUCAAGAAAUAAGUCAAGUAACCCAACCACAUAAAACUGGCUUUAAUGACAACAGUGUUAAAUACCAGCAAAAAAAACAUGACCCUCACCGAAAACUUAAGGAAGAAUAUAAGAGUCCUAAAGCUGAGUGCCAAACACAAAAAUUGUCCAAUAAGCAGACUUCUGGAGCCUCUGCCAAAUGUAAUAUUAAACUAUUGAAGAGAAAUGAAAGUCCAGGAGCCUCAGAAGCCCAAAAGGUUGUGACUGGUUACCCAACUGCUAUCGAUAAGCCUUCCUCGGGAAUUGAGAAUUUUUUAGCAUCUUUGAAUAUCUCUAAAGAGAGUGAAGUGCAGUCACCUCAUCACGGGGAGCCUCCAGAUGAGGAGCAUCUGUCACCACAGUCAUUUGCUAUGAAAGGAACACGGAUGCUUAAAGAAAUUCUAAAAAUUGAUAGCCCUGAUACAACAGACAGUAAGAAUGAUGGAAAACAAUUUGAUAAUGAAGUCACUGCUUCUCCCAAUAGAAGAGAUGAGCAUGGACUGUUACCACGUCCUGAACCAAGUAAGAAGCUGGCAUGUUUUAUGAACAAGCCUCAUGGUACUAAUGAAUACCAAAAUGUUCCAUCUGUGGAUAGUGUGUGCUGGCCUGGCCACAUCCCUCCUGUGUCCACACCAGCAACCGAACUUGCUCGAAUUUGUUCCCUUGUUGGAAUGCCUCAACCUGAUUUCUCCUUUCUGAGAACAACACAGACAAUGACAGUUUGUCAAGUGAAACUUUCCAAUGGUUUACUGGUACAUGGGCCACAGUGCCACUCUGAAAGUGAAGCCAAGGAGAGAGCUGCACUUUUUGCUUUACAACAACUGGGCUCCUUUGGUGUGAAUUAUCCUUUGCCUCCACCAAUAUUUCCAAAUUAUCCUCCAGCUGUACCAUCUGGAACCAUUCCUCCCAUUUUUCCCCAACCUGCUGCUAAUAUAAUGCCUUCAUCAACUCACCUCUUUGGCUCAGUGCCAUGGAGACCACCAGUGCCAGUUGCUGGGAAGGCCUUUCACCAUCCUUCAUAUCCUGGAACCAUGCCCUUGGCUGGAGGAAUGCCAAGUGGGGCGCACAAUCAGUUCAUACCUCUACAGGUUACGAAAAAAAGGGUUGCAAACAGGAAGCAUUUUGAGAAUAAGGAGGCCCAGAGUUCUCAAGCCACACCACUUCAGACUAGCAAGCCAGGAUCUUCUGAAGCCACCCAAGUAAUUCCACAAGAAAGCCCAUCAGCCUCUUUGAAGUGCUCUCAGGAUGCCCAGCCCACGUCGUCUCAAGUGGACACUGCCGCCCAAGGCCAUGGUGUGUCCCACCAGAAACCAGCACCGAGCUCCUCUAGGAGGAAAUCAAGGAAACUGGCCGUCAACUUUAGUGUUCCCAAACCUUCUGAAUAAAUUUGAUACCUGGGAAUUAAUUUCUUUUAUUUCCAUCUACCUUUUUAUAAAUUGAUAUCUAUGUGUCAGAAAUGUGCUAUUUUAGAAUAUGUUUAGAUUGAAUAUUUGUAUUUUUAAGUUAUCAGGCACUUUUCAUGCUAUUUAAGAAUAUAUAUCAAAUUGUGCACUUUAAAUAUGUGCAAUUUGUUAUACAUCAGUGAUACCUCAAUAAAACUGUAAAAAAGAUCAAAUUAAAUCUUGUAUUAAAAUAAAUAUCAAAUUGGGCAUGGUAGUUCAUGCCUAUAACCCUCGUGCUUGAGAGGCUGAGACAGGAGGAUUGCCAUAUAUUUAAGGUUAGCCAAGACUACGUAAUGAGUCCCUGGCCUUUGAAACCUUGCUUCAAAACCAAAAAAAUAAAGUAGAUAUCAGUGGACUAAAUGUUAAAAUGUACCACUCUAACUAACCACUGGCUUCCUCAUUAGAAACAUCCUUGACCUAUAAAUUAGUCAUCAUAUUAUGAUAAUUAUAAGCUUUUUUACACUAUUAUUGAGGGAUAGUUAAAUGCAACAUGAAUUAGGCCUCAUAAAUUUCUAAAUAUGGGUUUUAUUGCUCUUUAAUGAUGUAGCAACAUGGCUGGGAGAGUGGUCCUUGCUCGGUCAUCACAUGAGUCUGUUGCCAGAGGCGGUCCCAGGAUGUCCUGGAGCCAGCGUGGAGCCAGCGCACUGACUGGUGCUGCCAGCCUUGCUCUGUUCUAAACCUGUACCAAAGCAGCUCUAGAAAACCCUCCAGAUCAUUCGCCUGGCUGCUUCAAACUCGGAAUAGCAAUCGAGAUUUGAGAAAUUACUUUUUUUUCGAUUAUUCAAAAACCAGCAUUAAGAAUUUCUAAUAAAAUUAAAUUUCACAAUCUCUAGGGUACAAUGGUUACAAAUCAAUCUUCAAAUAGAGUACAGUGCAAAAUGUUAAUCACUUCAUUCUUGCUUAGGCUUCUUGGCUUUUGUUUGUUUUGAGAUGGGGUCUUGCUGUGUAGUCCUGGCUGGCCUAGUACCCAUGGCAGUCCUCCAGGCUCUAUGAUUCCAGCCAUGCCUCAACACAGCCACUUAUGUGACUUUUUCCCUGCUUACUUCACGUAUGUGAAAGCUCAUCAGGGGUCCAUGUGUAGGGCUUCCCAGGACUGACAACAUUUUAAACUUUUUUAAAAUUCCAAGGUGUUUGUGUGUACAUUAUUUCCUGCCUGGCCCAUUCAAGUUGUGCGUUUUGGCACUUGCUGAGCUGCUCAGUAAUGCCACAUCCGUCUCUGCAUGUCACUCACGUCAGUUGUUCAUACUGCUGAAAUGAUUUGGAUUUUAUGAAAUUUCUCAAUGACAUCAGGACCCGCAUUUAUAUAUGGACAUAUAUUUAUCUUGUAGUUUUGUGAUAUGUUUAUAUUUUUAAGGAUAAAAUGAUCGUACUUUUUAAAAAGUAGGAACCAGUCUCUGUAUGGAGCUGCUGACUGUUGUGUGUGAUUUCAUUAGCUCGCUGCAAACUCUGCCAUGCGUCCCUACUGCUUUUGUAAAUGCUGGUGGUGAACUGAGUUCCUUUCCCUGCUGAUUCCAGUGUUUCUCUAAAUGAGGGCAGGAUGUAUGUAUGCUAGUGCCUUUAGUAUAAGAGGUCAGUGGUCCUUUUCUUCACUGUCUAUGGUCGUGUGACUUUUCUUAACUGUGUUUUCUGUUACUGUUUGUCAGUGCCGAGCACUUCCGCACAUGCAGGAAGCUUGGGGUAAGGCUCAGGCCAUCCUCAGGGUUUGUCCUCUCAAACUCUACUUUCAAGGGAAGCACCCUUUGCAGGCGCUGUUGUGAUAGCCCCUUCCAAGAAUCCCACUCAGAUUUGUUCUACGUUCACUCACUCCUGUGCGAUGGCUCCACCAUGGUGUAUAGCUGUUCUCUGCAGAGCACAGAGAAAGGAUCCCUUUUGAAAAUCGCCUGAGAGAUUUUUAGUCAACACAGUGCCAUUGAACCUAUGAAGGUAUUUCUCUAAAAUUUGAGCACAAGCUAGUAAUUCUACAUGGAGAGCCAGUGGGAAUAUUUGACCUUCCUUUUAAAAACAAAAAUGAAAAUGCUAAGGGUCAAACUUGAAGAGAAAAUAAAGUAAGAGAGGAUUGUGUAUUGGCAGAUAGGCAGUAUGAUGUAUUUUCUCCCCCCUCCCCCAUAGUCCUAUUCUCAACGUCUAGGUCACGUGCAGCCUCUGGAAGAUGUGGGCGUGCCUGUCCUGACAGCUGAGUAGCUGUGAGGACAGGAUCUAGCACAUCUCUGCAACAUAGUUGCACUGUGGGCCCCAUACAGCUUUCCCCUCUGGGUAUAGAGCAGUCUGAGCCCGCCCUCAGGAGUCUAAAAUAUGCUCAGUUGGCUGUUGAAUCUAAGAAUUUUGGUGAAAAUGGUGAACUCUGGUCACAAAAAGAAAGGUUCUCCCUGACUGUGUUCAUGUAAAUUCGAAAAUAACUUUUCGAGUUUACAUGAAAAGUAUUUUCACUGGAAACUGUUGCACAUAUCCUUGUUCAACAAGUCUUUUUUAAGCAAAUUAAGAUAAUUUAAAGAUGGGUCCUUUCAAUCAUUGCUUCUUUUCACAGUUCUGUGUGUUACCUGGUCACUACCCUAGUUUUAAAAUUUGGUAGAUAAAAUGCAUGAAUUGACUCAAACAACUUCAUAGACUAAAGGCUUAGACAUCUAAACCUCGGUUAUGUCGGCAGAUUCUGUCCUCUGAAUCAGUUUCAGUUUGAGAUCUUCCCUGGCUGAGAAUGGUACCCAGCACAUCCUCAAUCCCAGCUCUCUGGAAGCUGCAGCAGAACUGAAUUCUAGGCAAGCCUGGGCUGUGGAGAUAGAUGCUGCCCAAAGCAGUAAGUAAAGAUGACUGCGGCUGUCCCCUCCUUCCCCAGGUGAGCAGAAUUAAGAGUGUGAUGGCCAUUUUCCUGUCACUAUUUCCCUUUGUGUAUAGACAGUUCUGGGUUCUUAGUUCUUAGGGGAGGAGGCACAGAGAGGGAGACAGGUAAUAUCCAGUAGUAUUUGCAGACUUCGAUGUCCUUUUUUUUGGGGGGGGGGGGGUCCAGACAAGGUUUCUCUGUGUAGCCCUAGCUGUCCUGGAACUAGCUCUGUAGACCAGGCUGGCCUCGAACUCACAGAGAUCCGCCUGCCUCUGCCUCCCCAGUGCUGGGAUUAAAGGUGUGUGCCACCACUGCCCCAAUGUACUUUUUUAUCUCAAGGAAAUAAGCUAUAGGGUUAUUUUAUUUACUCCUAUUUUAUGUACCUGUUCUCUUUGUAUCAACAAAUAUUUUUUCAUAGUGGUUGUUUAGUUUUCUCCUUAUAUGACAGAACUUCAUGGCUCUUCACUAAAGGUAGCUCUCACACACUUCUCUGCUAUAUUUCUUUGUACCCUCUUGCUUCCAGACUUUUUUUUACUAUAAAAGAGAAUCUAUUAGAAAUUAUUAUGAGAUAUAUUCUAUAUCUUUUUUUAAAAAAAAAAAAUCUGUCACCAAAAAAAUCAUUAUUUUCUUUAGAGAUUGUGUGCCUUUUAUGUUUGUUUUUCAAUAAAGUGGUGUUUUUUGCAGGCACUUCUUU